AACUCGGGCAAGACGCGAUGCAACUCCUGCAAUUGCCGCGCUGGCCACUACUUUCAGGGGGGUAACAGUCUCAACAUUGCCACCAGCGGGUGCCGAGCAGGCACAUACAGUGGUAGCACGUCGCGCACAAGCCCGUGUCCAACCUGCCCCUCGGGUACCUUUCAACCGUCCACGGGCGCCACAUCAUGCCUGUCAUGUUCCAGUAGCGGCACCAAGUGCAACAAGGGUCGCUACACCACUGGUUGUGCAGGCGCUGCCGCUGGAAGUUGCACGGCAUGCGCAACCAACUACUAUCAGUCUCAAAACAGUGUAUACAAGACGGCCUGCACACGGUGCUCUACUUGCAAUGCCGGUCAAUUCUACACGUGCAACGCCAACUCAGGACUUGCAUGCACGGCAUGUGGAGGCGGCACAUAUCAGUCUUCCAACGCCCACCGCAGCACCAGCUGUUUGGCUCAAAACACAUGCGGAGCAGGCUCUUAUUUUUCGGGUAACAUCUUCUCGGCCGGCUCGUGCACCACUUGCAGUUACGGUACCUACAUUGCCACCUCUGCCCACCGCACUACCUCGUGCACGCCGUGGCCCACCUGUCCGGCGGGCACCUUCAAGUCUGGAGCCACCACAUCAAGUGGUGGCUCGUGUGCCGCAUGUGGCAGUGGAACUUUUCAAACUACAAACAGUCACAUCCUGACGUCUUGCUCUUCUUGCGCCGCCACGGGCAAGGUCUGCGGCACUGGCCAGUAUCAAUCGGGUUGUGCUGGUCCAUCUGCUGGUGCCUGCUCCUCCUGCCCAGCCAACACCUAUCAAGCCUCUUCCUCGCACCGCCUGGCCAGCUGCACAAACUGCAGAACGUGUGGCAAAGGCCAGUAUCUUGCCAAUUGCGCUGGUGCCACUGGCCCGGGCAUUUGUCAAGUGUGCAACUCAGGCACCUAUCAGAGCCAAACUGCACACCAAUCACGCACCUGCCCAUCCUGCGCUUCCUGCAGUCCGGGCUAUUAUCGUGACGGUUGCGGUGGUGAAAGCGCAGGAACCUGCGUUGCCUGCGCGAGCGGAUUCUACCAAAGCCAGCAGACAUACGCUACAUCUUGCUACCCAUGCCCUGGCUGCCCGAGUGGCUACACCCGCACUGGCUGUGGGGGCUCCGCAGAGGGCACCUGCGUGGGUCUAGUCUGCCCCGCUUUGCCCGCAGUCAGCAGCGCCGUGCUCACGUACAGCAAUUCAGAGCGACGCUAUCCCGUUAUCGCAACGUUUGCCUGUGUUGCCGGAUUCGAGCAGACCGGUGGGGAUGCAAGUCGCUCGUGCACACCGGCGCUGACCUGGGCAGGAGCAGAAAUCAUUUGCACCCGUGUCUCUUGUGGGGACCUGCCCGCGCUCAGCAAUGGCUUUGUGGACACGAGCGGUGGCAUUGAUUUUGAGAGCCGAGCCGCACCUGCCAAGCCAGCGGCGAAUGGUCCGGCUCUGCGCCCAUCUCUAGCAGCAACCCGAUCGUGGGUGCGACCCUCACUUACGCAUGUGACGCCGGCUACACUCUUUCGGGCAAUACCGAGGCCACAUGCAUUUGGUCUGGCACCGCCAUGA